AUGGAAAAAAUGAAACGAGUGGAGGUUGACCAGCACAUUGAGGUAUCGUUUGCAGAUCUUUUAGCAAAGAACCCCAAGUUGGACAAGCUCACUCUCUUUUCCUCUCUACAGGACCUAAUCGCAGAUUGUAACGAGAAGGUGGAGAAAAACUCUAUAACCGUUCGGCUUCUUGAAGACGAAGAUGUAUAUGACAUGAAAGAUUUUAGCACGAUUGCCGCCCUCAAACGGCAUCGUCCUCCCGAAGAGCGCUGCCUCCACACGCGGGUCAUGACGAAAGCAGGCAUGCUUCGAGUUUCACUGGAUGAUGAUUGUGCAACUCCGGCAGUCCAAUCCAUAAUUAUGGGCGAGAUCCGGCGUCAUCUUGACGAGUGUCUCGAUGCUCUCACUGGCAAGGAUACUAGCAAAUAG